GUGAACAGAAAUCAGCGAGCAGUACAGUACAGGAAAGGAAAGGAAAGGUGAAGAUAGGGGUGUGUGAGCUUAGCUGUGUCUCCGUGUAAGAUUUUAUAAUAAGAAACGGGUUACACUCAUUGCUGGAAGUCGUCCCUUUUAAUUAGUUUGUUCUGUCCCCCUUUCAGUUUCAUUUUCGUCAGCCGUGGAGUUUAUGUUUUUGGUCAAAUUGACAGUAGGGAUAACUUUAGGCAGCGAGCGAGCGAGCUAGCUAGCUAGCUAGUAGGAUAUCAAGGGAAUUAGAGCCAGCUAUCUUAACAUCAAAGGUGAGUGACGGCGUGGCAUUCUCAGGUGAAAUCGGAAUCACAGGAACAACAUGAUGAGAGCCGGAGGUGUCCUAAAACUGGUUGGAUUGGUCGCUGCCUGUCUGUUGGUUCUUUUUUUUGCUUUUGAACUUCUUGAUAUCAACAUGGAUUUUAACAUUGGAGAGAUAUUUGCCAGAUCAGCACCCCAAGAAACAGCCCCUACCAAGGCACCCAGGUACAAGUGUGGCCUCUCAAGAUCUUGUCCAGAGGGACACUUAUCCUUUAAGAUGGCGAGCGGGGCAGCGAGUGUUGUGGGACCAAAGAUGUGCUUGGAAGACAACAUUGUGAUGAGUGGGGUCAAGAACAAUGUGGGCCGCGGAAUAAACAUCGCCCUCAUUAACGGAAAAACAGGAGAAGUCAUAAAGACAGACUCCUUCGACAUGUGGGCAGGAGAUGUCAACGAACUAAUCAAGUUCCUGAAGACUGUUGAAGACGGAACUCUAGUCAUGAUGGCCACCUUUGAUGAUCCAGCCUCAAAGCUGAAUGAGGAGGCCAGGAAGCUGAUUGCUGAUCUGGGCAGCAGCAGCGUUUCCACAUUAGGCUUCAGAGACAACUGGAUAUUUGUAGGAGGGAAGGGCAUCAAGACAAAGAGUCCCUUCGAACAGCACAUCAAGAACAAUGCUGAGACCAACAAGUAUGAGGGCUGGCCAGAGGUGCUGGAAAUGGAGGGCUGCAUCCCACAGAGACAAGCCUGAGCUAAACUUCCACUGUCUUUUUCUCUCCAACCAUCGAAUCAAACACACACACACACCUACGUUCAACACUACCACCAGCACAAACCUGUUCCAACCCCUCCCUACUCCCUAAGUGCCAUCCCUUCUUUCUUCCUACAGGCCUGUCCUAAUCCAUUCCAUUUCCCUUCCCAGCCAGGACGCAUUGUUCUCACACAGUAGUUGCAAGAGUGGGGAAUCUGGUGGGACAACAUACCAUGUUGUUAGCAGUUAGCUGUUAGCAGUUGUUUUCAGGACCUCCCUUCCAAGGUAUUUUAUUUAUUUGGCGGGGCAACACAAUGUCUAUUUGGGGUAUCAGGAAGUUAAAAAAAAGAAAAAAAGUCUUAGUUGUUUUCUGUGUGCAAGUCCUUCUUUCUUGCAUUUUGCAGGAAGUUGGCCCACUUAAAAAAAAAAAGUCACCUUUCCCAAAACAUUUCCCAGAACCGUAACUAUCAAGCAGACAUAAAUGACCAAACACAACCCAGCUGCCUCAUCCUGUCUGUGGCUCUGGCCUGUACACUUUCUCGUAGGACUGUGUUAGCCAUUUAUCAGUGAGAAUAGUUGAAGGUUAAUGCAGCCCAGAGAGAGGUGUAUGUUGGCAGGCCACGAGCAUCCCCUCAAUUAUACCUUGAUAGGUCCUUUAAUUAGUUCUGUAGCAUUUUGUUACAAUUAAUAUAUAAAUAUCUAAUUUAUUGAACAGAGACGUGUAGAAAAAAGGGAGCGAAAGCAUAAUUGGUAAUCUUUCUUUUUGUAUAAACCCUUGUGUAGUCCAAAUAUGAAUGUGAAAGAUAUAUCGGUGGUGUACUGUGGACAGAUGCGUAUAUAGAGAGUUUUACAUUUAGAAUAUAGUUAAUCAAAAGCAAAUGCCUUUUUUAAUGUGUGUACUUUUGUAGCAUGAUCAUGCUUUGUAUGUAGUGAAAGGGAACAGUCUUAAAGCAUUUGCCAAAGUAACACACUCAAAAAUCGUGUGCGUGUGUGUGUAACCGUGUACAGUGCAGUUCAACUCACAAAGCCAUCCAACUCAAAAAUGCAACCGAGGGUGGUCUCCCUACAAUGUCACAUGCCAUGUGAGAACCUCUCCCCCUACCACCCCCCCACCCCACCUUAAUUGCCCCUUGGCCAGAAUCAAUCACCCACCCACCAACCAAUCAGCCAACCGUGGUUUGUGGACAAUAUAAUCCAUCUCUGCCUGUUGGGGUUGUUUUGGGUUGUUGGGACAACAACACGUCCCCACCCUAACUGUAGGAUUGUGUCAGUUAUAAGCCAUAAGAGUUCUGUGCACAAACAGCAGUAGUUUAAGACUAGUUUCCUUUUCAGUAAUGAAAACUAGAACCUCAAACAGUACUUUUGUUUAGAGAUCUACAAGGAAAAGCACAAGAAAAGCCAAGUUUAACUUUUUUGUUCUUUGUUUGUUCAGAAUGUCCAAUGCCAUAUGCGUGUAAUGGUCGAUGCAUGUUUUUACAUGUUGUUGACUUCGUUUUUUUGUUUUUGUUUUUUAUUUUAAGAAAAUUGAUUUAUAUUGUGGAUAUGAUAUGGUGUAUAUGAUCAUGGUGUAUUCUGUUAAUGAUUGUCUUAGGAUUUCAAAUUGUAUGUAAGGUAAAAUUUUGAUUCAUUUGAGACAUUUUGAUUGCAUUCAGGUGUUUGGAAAGAAAAUCAGUUCUAACUACAAAUCGAACCUUUAAUCUAGACAUAGCAUAUCACCCUGCUCACUAAAUUCAAGCAGAUAAUUAUUCUGGAAUUAUUAAGCAAGUAUAUGUGCCAUUCACUGAACUACCUACAGCCAAAACACUAUUGAAAAUUAAGGAUAAAAAUAUAGAAUUACUGUAGAAUUCUUAGGCCUCUACACUCAGUAGAAUGUUUCCCUCAUAUAAUGUGAACUGGUUUGCCAUCUUGUUAAUACAGCUCUGAGAUUAGGGGUAGGGUUUCAACACUUCUCAGCAAUGCAGUGUGGUAUACAAUCUACCAAAAGAAGUGUCCCGGCGUCUGCUUACGUCUUGCCUUUAUAACGAUAUUCUCAGAUUCCUGCUGUACGAAUAAGCACAGACACAGCUCCAGCAAUACACGUUUACCUGUGUGACGUAAAUGAAAAGAAAAGGCUGUUUUUUUAAAUAGCACAGCGCCUCAAGUGGGGGUUUUUGAACACUGCGCCGCCAAGUGCUUUAGCCGCCUAGGACUUUGGUUAUAAUUUUGUUUCCACUCAGAAGUGCUUUGUUUUCUUAUCUGUCUGUGCAGCUCUGUAAUGUGUGCAUCACCUUGUGCCUGGUCCUGUACAAAGUUUGUGUCCGCUUGUAAAUUGUACAUACGGUACUAUUCUAACAUACACUCACUUAGUGGUGCCUCAAACAUAUGAACCUGUAUUUUUGGCGCUCUAAUAAAACCAGUUGUCAUUACACCA